UUAGCUAGCUGGCUGGCACGCUGUUGCUUGUGAGAUAUGCGCCAAAUCGAAGCGCCGAAGAACUCAACAGAUACUCAAAUUGAACGUCUUUGCAAGGAAAAUGUUCUUUGUCAAGACUGUCAUAUCAGCGGAGUCGAAUUUCCAACAACUGAGCCACUAACACGGAUAUACCCCGUAGAUAACGUCGUUGCUAUAGUCGUGGAUAUCGCAGAGGGUGGUGGAAAGUUCAAGAUCUACAAUUUGGACGAUAAGUUCGUUGGGAAUGUUGGUUAUGAGGCUGAAUCGGAACAUAUGAUGAUAGUGCAGUGGCAGAAAGGAUAGUGGUUUUAUUCCAUCGGAAAUAUUAGGAUCCGACGAGUUACAGGAGCAUGAAUUUUUACUAUCGAUCAUGACCCUCUACAUUGCUUGUGGACGAACCAAAGCAUAUUGACUCAUGGUUUCCUCUGAAAUCGGG